AUUUGUCAAGGAUUUAUCUGAAGAUUUUGCUUGAUUUGUGUCAAGAAAGCUAAAAAAAAUGGAGAUCGCGUGGAAAAUUGCGUUCAUGAUUAUUUCCCUCGGCACUUGUUGGGCUUCAUCAGCUUCGUCACACAACUCGACACUGGGUCGGAGCAGAACCCGUCGACAUUGGCGUUUCGACGACACGCGAGUGUCGAAAGCAAUUUGCAUCUUGCGCUGUUUGAAAGACCAAGGAGCCAAAAACUUGUACAUCCCGUUUCCGGACCCGAGAGGAGUUUAUGCCCCCGUAUACACUUGUCCAGAGAAAUCCGUCUUCAGCUGUCCAAAGUGUGUGCAAGGAUGCCCAAACGGAUCUCCAAAUGCCAUCAGCAGGCAGAAGCUAAGUGAGUUUUUAUCUGGCAACCAUCAAUCCACCAUUUUAAAGUUGUUUCACAUUUUCGNGAAAUUGGAACUUUCCAAGCCCAGUUUGCAUUGUCGGUCCUGGGCCCCGAUGACGGACGAGAAUCGGGUUGUGGAUCCCGAAGCUGGUUUGGCACCUGCAAUUUAUUUCAAAUACGACGUGGUGGAUUCGGAAACAGGACUCGAACCCAAAGUCAAGCAGUCGGUAGCAUUCUUAAUCGACCUGCGAAUGGUGCUGGCUUACAACGACUCUACAGAAAUCUGGUCCGAAUGGGUCCCGGUUCCUGAAGUUGCAACUGAAGGAAUGAGGCCAUUCGAAGGAAUGACACCUGGAAAAACUUACCAAAUCCGAGUGUCAGGAAUCACCGACAAAUACACUUACCUUCCUUCGGUGAUUUCAGAUCCGAUCCAAGCAACUGUUCAUCCUGAUUGGUACUUCAAACCAGAACCACCUUCCUUGGCGAAAAUCUACGAUUGGAUUCGCACGAAUGACUCCGAUAACAGACUGAAAGCUCUCAUGCUCAUGGAGCCGAAUUAUGAAUAUUCCUGUUCUUACGAAAUGCACUACAGUCGACAAGGAAGCCAGAGUAUGAUGACGUGGUUUUCUGAGGUACGUUCAAUU